AUGCGAUUAAAAAUGGCAAAAAAGAAAGCAUUCAUUCCUUUUUUUUAUUUUACAUCUAUAGUCUUUUUGCCCUGGUUGAUCUCUCUCUGCUGUAAUAAAAGUUUGAAAGCUGGGAUUACUAAUUGGUGGAAUAGUAGACAAUGCGAAAUUUUUUUGAAUGAUAUUCAAGAAAAAAGUGUUCUAGAAAAAUUCAUACAAUUAGAAGAACUAUUCCAGCUGGAUGAAAUGAUAAAGGAAUACCCAGAAACCGAUUUACAACAAUUUCGUCUAGGAAUACACAAAGAAACGAUCCAAUUCAUCAAGAUACACAACGAGUAUCGUAUCCAUACAAUCUUGCACUUCUCGACAAAUCUAAUAUCUUUCGUUAUUCUAAGUGGUUAUUCCUUUUGGGGUAAGGAAAAGCUUUUUAUUCUGAAUUCUUGGGUUCAAGAAUUCCUAUAUAAUUUAAAGAUUACUCGCUCCAUAUCUGUCUCACUCAUGAUAUAUAUAAUAACUAGGGCAUUCAUUUCAAGUGCAUAUCCGAUUUUUGCCCAGCAGAAUUAUGAAAAUCCACGCGAGGCAACCGGGCGUAUUGUAUGUGCCAAUUGCCAUUUAGCUAGUAAGCCUGUAGAUAUUGAGGUUCCACAAGCGGUACUUCCCGAUACUGUAUUUGAAGCAGUUGUUAAAAUUCCUUAUGAUAUGUAA